UAUAGAGAUUAAUUUCUUCAAUAUACAAUUCUGGCAUAUUUAUAAUAGUUAAAAAUAUUAAUUUGUAAAUCUUCGAAUGUGGUAGCGGCACAUUAUUUCACUACGCACAAAAUAAAUUUUUGAAAUAUUUAUGAAAAGCUCAAAUUAAUGUUUUUAAUAUAUUCUGAUAUACACAAUUACGACUAAAUAAGCAUGGCCACAGAAGUUGCAAAUGCAGUGUCGAAUGGGAUUUCUUCCGAAGUCAAAUCACCAGUUCAACUGAAAUACUCUAAGGAUAAAAAAGUGGGGGAAGGUACUUAUGCCGUCGUUUACCUUGGGAAUCAAAUAUCAACCAAACGGAAAAUAGCCAUUAAAGAGAUCAAAACUGGAUUAUUCAAAGAUGGAUUGGAUAUGUCUGCCAUCCGAGAAGUCAAAUACUUACAAGAAUUAAAACAUCCCAAUGUCAUUGAAUUGAUUGAUGUGUUUUCCACCAGUAAUAAUUUAAACUUAGUAUUGGAAUUCUUGCCGUGUGAUUUAGAAGUCCUUAUUAAAGAUACAUCUAUUGUGUUCAAAUCAUCUGAUAUUAAAUCAUGGUUACUUAUGACAUUAAGAGGAGUUCAUCAUUGUCACCGAAAUUUCAUCUUACAUCGAGAUUUAAAACCUAAUAAUCUAUUAUUAGCUCCUGAUGGACAAUUAAAAAUUGCUGAUUUUGGGUUAGCUAGAUCAUUAGGAAAUCCAAAUGAAGAAUUAUCAUCAAAUGUGGUUACAAGAUGGUAUAGAGCUCCUGAAUUAUUAUUCGGAGCUAAGCAUUAUACAGUUGCAGUUGAUAUAUGGUCAGUAGGGAUUAUAUUUGCUGAAUUAAUGUUACGAACUCCAUAUUUACCAGGUAAAGAUGAUAUUGAUCAAUUAGACGUUACAUUCCGAGCCUUAGGUACUCCAACUGAUCAAAUAUGGCCAAAUGUAAGUAAUUUACCUCAAUAUAAUGCCUUGAAAAUAUAUCCACCACCUUCAAGACAAGAAUUAAGAAAUCGAUUUAGUGCUGCUACUGAUAAUGCCUUAGAUUUAUUAAUUUUAAUGACUCAAAUGGAUCCAAGUCGAAGAUGUGAUCUGACUCAAGCUUUAUUACAUGAAUUUUUCACAGAAGCUCCAAGAGCUACUGAUCCUAAAGAUUUACCAAAGAAGAAAGAAAAGAAACCAGUUAAUGAAGGUAAUGAUAAUUCUAAUGCAAAGAGAAGAAAGGUAUAAUAUAGAUAGAAUAUAAUAGUUUUAAUGCAUGAUGAU